AUGAAGGUGGCUCCUCAGAGUGUUCACACAGAUCUUAUGAAUAAGGAAAGCCUCUCUGCCCUCUUCAGUUUAAUGCUGGCAGCUUGCUGUCACAACCCCAUCACCAUGAAAGCCCACAGAUGCUAUCAGUGUUCCUGUCUCUCACAGUUCACGGGGAGAAACUGUGAGUCCGAGAUCACAGCCUGCUUCCCAAACCCCUGCCAGAAUGGAGGGUCCUGUGACCCGAUAGGAAACACUUUCCUCUGCAGCUGUAAAACUGGGCUCACCGGAGUCACGUGCGAGGAGGACGUGAACGAGUGCGAGCGGGAGGAGUGCGAGAACGGCGGGGCCUGCGUCAAUGUGUUCGGCUCCUUCCUCUGCAAUUGCACGCCCGGCUUCGUGGGCCAGUACUGCGGCCUGCGCCCCGUAGUGGUGCCCAACAUCCAGGCCGGCCACUCCUACGUGGGCAAGGAGGAGCUCAUCGGCAUCGCCGUGGUGCUCUUCGUCAUCUUCACCCUGGUGGUCCUCUUCGUGGUCUUCCGCAAGAAGGUCUUCCGCAAGAACUACUCCCGCAACAACAUCACGCUGGUGCAGGACCCGGCCACCGCCGCGCUGCUGCACAAGAGCAACGGCGUCCCGUUCCGAGGCCUGCGCGCGGGCGACGGCCGCAACCUGUACCAGGAGGUGGGGCCGCCGCAGGUGCCCGUGCGCCCCAUGGCCUACACGCCCUGCUUCCAGAGCGACUCCCGGAGCAACCUGGACAAGAUCGUGGACGGGCUGGGGGGCGAGCACCAGGAGAUGACCACCUUCCACCCCGAGUCCCCGCGCAUCCUCACGGCCCGGCGCGGCGUGGUCGUGUGCAGCGUGGCCCCCAACCUCCCGGCAGUGUCACCCUGCCGCUCGGAUUGCGACUCCAUCCGGAAGAAUGGCUGGGACGCGGGAACUGAGAACAAAGGGAUUGAUGACCCAGGAGAAGUGACCUGCUUUGCAGGCAGCAAUAAAGGAAGCAACUCUGAAGUUCAGUCCCUCAGCUCCUUCCAGUCUGAUUCUGGAGAUGACAAUGCCUAUCACUGGGACACUUCCGACUGGAUGCCAGGGGCCCGUCUGUCAGACAUAGAGGAAGUGCCCAAUUAUGAGAACCAGGAUGGAGGGUCUGCACAUCAGGACAGCACACGAGAGUUGGAGAGUGAUUACUACUUGGGUGGUUAUGACAUCGACAGCGAAUACCCACCCCCUCAGGAAGAAGAGUUCUUGAGUCAGGACCAGCUGCCCCCACCCCUGCCAGAAGACUUCCCGGAUCAGUAUGAGGCCCUGCCCCCUCCCAGCCUGUCUCAUUGGCCAGCACACUGAGCCCAGACUGCAGGAGAAGGCCCCAGUUCCAUCCUAGCCAGUACCUCCCUCCUCAUCCAUUCCCCAAUGAAACGGAUUUGGUUGGCCCACCUGCUGACUGUGAUUUUAGUACUUUUGCUGUGAACAUGAACCAGGGAACAGAGGCCACAGGCCCAACAGAUAGCAUGUCUCUCUCCUUGCACAAUUCCAGAGGCACCUCAUCCUCGGAUGUGUCAGCCAACUGCGGCUUUGAUGAUUCUGAAGUAGCCAUGAGUGACUAUGAAAGCGUGGGAGAGCUCCGCCUUGCCAACCUUCAUAUUCCCUUUGUGGAGACUCAGCACCAGACCCAAGUGUAGAGGGCAUGUUGUGGGUUGUGGGUGCUCUUCCCUGCUCCUUACAGAAAAGUGGAAGGAGAUUGGCUGGGCUCCUGUCUCAAUGGAAAGUAGUCUGUGGAAAUGUGCUAUUUUCCACAAGGGACUUCUUCAUAAGUCAUAUUGUCACAAGCAAGCUUGAUUCCAAUUGGGUGAAAAGGAAAGGCUCAGAAAUUGUUUCUGAGAGGGACCAAUAGUCCUUGGUGAAGGUACCUAUGUUUGUGGCUGAAAAUGCGAAGGAGGGGAAACGAUUGCACUAAGUUAACAGGCGAUCCUAUAUGGCUUAGUGCAGUAUUGCAUCCUACAAAGUGUGACAGGGUCAGCCCUUGCAGUAUUAAUAACUGGCAGUGAUCAGAGAGCCAUUGUUGCUUGUCACUUUGAGCCAAUGAGAUGAUAAUAGUAGUGAUGAUUGUUGGGAAAGUUAGAGUUUUAGGUAAAAGAAAAGAGAAACAAUUAUCAAAUAAGGAAAUGGGCUGAAGCCUUUAAAAUCAACUAUUUUUUUUAAAUAAGCUGCCCAAUUUUUGGCUAUAAAACUAGGUUUGAGUAACAUGUUUAGUAAGUUGAAUUACUUUUGUUUGUGUUAAGCAUCCAAUAUAAUAUAGUUGGGUUUUAUGAUCUUUGAGAAAGUUAUCAAUGAAGAGCAAUACGAGACUAUUUGGGCUGCAUUGUGUGUGUUGGAAGGUUAAUAUUCAAACAUUGGAAAGAAUGUGAGUGUCUUGUUUUGGGUUUCCGGGUAAAUAUUCUUGGCCAGAUCUGCAACUGUGACACUGCUGCAGAAAUUGGCUUCUGUUCCUCCAUUGUUCUCUAGAACAGAGAUAUUUAGAAGUUGAAACAGAAUUCACAAAUUUGGGUGUUGGGGUGGAGGGAGGAAAAUACGAUACUUUCAAAGUGUUCAGCCCAGAUGAUCACAGUUCUUCAGAAGGCAGAUAAAAGGUGUGUGUGUUAUGUUGACUUGGUAGCAUCACUAUUAUAAAUAUGGUUAUGCUUAAAAGGAGAAGGUAGAUUAGUUCCUGUGUAUAAAUUAUAACAGUGUGUGUGUCUGGGCCUCUGUACAAAUAUGCGUUGCACUCAGUAAGGCUGCUCUUGAGGAAGGCUAACUUGAAGGUUUUAGGAAAUGGACCAUGUUGAAAAUCCUGCCGGCAAGCUCGAGGCUUACCUUCCAAUUUC